AUCUAAUCUGUUUAUGCAAAUUGAUGCAUUUCAUGUAGUGAUUGAAGCUGACAGGGAAUUUGGAAAAGAAAGAAAGAAGCUUAUAGACAGGUAGGUUAGUAGGUAGAUGCUUGAAAAAGUUGGGAAAAAAAUUAUUGUCAAACACUAAUCAAAUAUUAGGUGGUGGCAACAAGACUAUAUAUCUGUAUUUGGUCUCUUUUAUCCCCUGCAACCCACACUUCUCCAACCCUCACUUUUUAUCAUCUUCUUCUUUAUCAUAUCUUUGGUGACAACAGUGGUGCUUGAACAAAGCAAGAGAAGUGGAAGCCAUGGCAUUUGCAGGAACAACCCAGAAAUGCAUGGCCUGUGACAAGACUGUGUAUCUUGUUGAUAGGCUAACUGCUGAUAACCGUGUGUACCACAAAGCCUGCUUCCGCUGUCAUCACUGCAAAGGAACUCUCAAGCUUGGCAACUACAAUUCCUUUGAAGGCGUCCUGUAUUGCAGGCCACACUUUGAUCAACUCUUUAAAAGGACUGGUAGUCUGGACAAAAGUUUUGAAGGUACACCAAAGAUUGCAAAACCAGAGAAAACUGUAGAUGGAGAGAAACCUGCAGUGAAUAAAGCCUCAAGCAUGUUUGGUGGAACCAGAGAAAAAUGUCUUGGCUGCCAGAACACUGUUUAUCCCACUGAGAAGGUUUCGGUGAACGGGACCGCUUACCACAAGAGCUGCUUCAAAUGCAGCCAUGGAGGGUGUGUGAUUAGCCCAUCCAACUACAUAGCUCAUGAGGGGAGACUAUACUGCAAACACCACCACACCCAACUCAUCAAGGAGAAAGGUAACCUAAGCCAGCUUGAAGGUGACAAUAACAAAAACAAGUGACUGACAAAGUGGAAUCCAGAGAAAUUUCUGCAGAAGCAUGAACCUAGCUCUUCUUUCCAACUUCUACUGUCUCUGCACUCACCAUCAGUCCAGAGAAUUAUGAAUGUUGAUCCUUUCACCUGUUUUGCUCUCUUCUGCUGUCCGCAUUUUGGUCUCAACAUUUAUGAUUAUUGAUUUACUACUUGCCAAACGAUUUUACGCUUGCAAGUCGUACCAAGUGUACAAACUAUUUGUUAGUAUAAGGUGGUUAUAUUGCAGUUGCAGAUGCUGCGAUGGGAUGCCAAGAACUAUUUGUUUCUGGUAUUUACUCUUGAAAUUAGUGGAUUUAAGGAUUUUUGUUUUCUU